CGUGACGCACUUCCCGUCUUGGAGCAGAACGAGUCGACGGGGUAGCUACGUCCAACUCUUUGAAAAAACGUUUGUUUUCCCUUAAAACUCGGCUGUUCAUUCAUUUAAGAUGUCUGGACGAGACGCACUCAACAUGAAGCAGCCGCCGAUUCAGUCAACGGCCGGGGCUGUACCCAUCCGAAAUGAAAAAGGCGAGAUUUCUAUGGAAAAGGUGAAGGUGAAGCGCUAUGUGUCUGGCAAGCGUCCCGACUACGCUCCCAUGGAGUCCUCUGACGAGGAAGAGGAGGACUUCCAGUUUGUGAAGAAGGGCAAAGAUGCUGAGCCGGAGAUGGAAAUGGAGGAGGAAGAUGUAUCUGAUCCUCGUCUAAGGCGUCUGUUGAACCGUGUAUCGGAGGAUGUGGAAGAAAGAUUGGCCCGACACAGGCAGAUUGCUGAGCCUGAGCUAGUGGCUGAGAGCAGCGAGGACUCGGAUGAAGGCACCUGGCACCCAGAACGAGAGGAGAGUAGUGAGGAGGAAGAGGAGGAGGAGGAGGUGGAUGAUGAGGAAAUUGAGCGGCGUCGUGCCAUGAUGCGCAACCGUGCUCACGACAGGAAGACCGAGGAGAUGGAGCUGAUGGAGGUGGAGGAGGAGGGGAAGUCUGGGGAGGAGGAGGAGGAGUCCGAGUCAGAGUAUGAGGAGUACACAGACAGCGAGGACGAGGCUGAGCCCCGUCUCAAACCAGUCUUCAUCCGCAAGAAGGACCGUGUAACAGUGGCAGAGCGCGAGGCUGAGGAGCUGAAGCAGAAGGAGCUGGAGGUGGAGGCCAAGAAGCAGGCGGAGGAGAGGCGGCGCUACACGCUCAAGAUCGUGGAGGAGGAGGCCAAGAAGGAGUUUGAGGAGAACCGCCGCACGCUGGCGGCGUUGGACGCCCUGGACACGGAUGGCGAGAACGAGGAGGAGGAGUACGAAGCGUGGAAAGUGCGCGAGCUCAAGCGCAUCAAACGCGACCGGGAAGCCAGAGAACAGAUCGAGAAAGACAAGGCGGAGAUCGAUAGGUUCCACAGCAUGACCGAGGAGGAACGAAGAGCCGAGCUUCGCAACAAUGGCAAGGUCGUCACCAACAAGGCCAGCAAGGGCAAAUACAAGUUCCUGCAGAAGUACUACCACAGAGGAGCCUUCUUCAUGAACGAAGAGGAGGAUGUUUUCAAGAGGGACUUCAGCGCGCCUACUUUGGAGGACCAUUUCAACAAGACCAUUCUUCCCAAAGUCAUGCAGGUCAAGAACUUUGGGCGCUCAGGACGUACCAAAUACACUCAUCUGGUGGAUCAGGACACAACAUCGUUCGACUCGGCCUGGGCUCAAGAAAGUGCCCAGAACACAAAGUUCUUCAAACAGAAGGCCGGGGGCGUGAGAGAUGUGUUCGACCGUCCCACCGUCCAGAAAAGGAAAACCUAAAUUUCCAGACCUGCGGCUCAAACAGACUGUUUUUUUUUCCAAACUCAUCUUCGUAUUUGUGCCACUGCACAGAUGUGUUUGUAUUUCCAUGGAGGAUGUGGAGUAGCGGUAUAGAUUCUGCUGCCCUCCAGAGAGGAUGGAUUUUUUCAGGAAUGACCAAGGGCCAUGUUCCCCGUUGACGAUCAUAGUUGACUGCUGAACUAAUCGCUUUUGUAUUGGGUUUUAGUACCCCAGCGCUUGAAAAGGAAGCUGGCCCAUUACAUUCUGGGACUUGUACAGUGACAAAUUUUAAUAGCUAUUUGCAGCUAUACUGUUUUUUUUUUUGCUCUAUCUAUAUAUUUUUUGUUUUAACGUUAGAGUAUGGUUUUUGUAUCAUGCUGUUAAACAUCUUCGUACAAUGUGUUGCUCUGAACUGGUAAUAAAUUACCCAACCACCUGA